AUGACUGCCCGUUUGGUAUUGGUCAUCGGUGACCUGUUCAUCCCUGACCGAGCUCCUGAUCUACCAGCCAAGUUCCGCAAGCUUCUGACACCCGGCAAGAUCGGCCAAACCCUCUGCUUGGGCAACCUCACCGAUCGCGAGACCUAUGACUUCCUCCGCGAUGUAGCCCCAGACCUGCAAAUGGUCAAGGGCGACUUUGACGUCGACUCUCCCAAUCUACCUCUUUCCAAGAUCGUUAACCAUGGUAGCCUACGAAUUGGUUUUACACAUGGCCAUACCAUUGUUCCCCCCGCCGACGCCGACGCGCUGUUAAUUGCGGCCCGCCAAAUGGAUGUCGAUGUACUUCUGUGGGGUGGAACACAUCGGUUCGAAGCAUUUGAGAUGGAAGGUCGCUUCUUCAUCAACCCGGGAAGUGCGACUGGAGCUAUGAGCUCGGGCUUUUGGCCAGACAACGAGGAGCCUACACCAAGCUUCUGCCUGAUGGACAUCCAAGGUGAUGUUCUCGUGUUGUAUGUCUACCAGCUGAAGACCGAUGCCAAUGGCGUGGAGAACGUGGCUGUUGAAAAGGUCUCCUUCCGGAAGAAUCACCCUCCCGCCGAAUGA